CUGUCAUUAGUUAGGUACUUGCCAGGGUCAUGGUCUCAGUUUCUGGCAUGAAGCCCUGAUCCUGGGGCAUGUCUGCCAGCUUCCGCCUGUGCUGGUAUAGGUGACAAGCAGUUGGCCACUCAGGCUGUGCUGGCUAGGCACAAUGUAUUGGCGUGAGAGGGGCCCUUUAGGGGCCUCAAGCUAGAGGGAAGAAGGCAAUUCUAGAUCAUGGCCAUUGGGUUUAUCUUUGCAUGGCUAUCUCUACCAGAUCACAUGGGCACUGACCUGGUAUCCAUCCCCAGGGCCUGUCCUUCCUCUAGCACCUGUGUUUGGAGGGUUAGUGUCCUUGGAAGGGCUGGGGGGAGGGUUGGUGGUGACUGCUGGUUAAAUUUAGAGUAAGGCUGUGCCGCUGCCUGAAGUUCACCUGCUACCACUGCUAUUUGGUCUCUGCUGGUAAGAGGCAGGCAGUGGCAGGUUCUGCCAGGGCCAAGCCUAUAUUAAUCUGUCCUGUGUCCUGAGGGCCAGAGAAAGGCCACUGAGCUGGGGGGCUACUGUGGCAUCAGAGCCAAGAGAUCAGAGGUGAGUGUGUCCCCACUCCAGGGCCUCUUGUAUUUUUUCUGGCCUCCAGGGACAGAGGGAUCAAGGCUCACCUCAUGCCUUCCUAGCUACCUGCUGCCCAGCUUAGAAGUCAGUCUCCCCAGCCCUCAGCCUGAGCCAUAGAUGGGGUGGGCUUAGAUGACCGGGGCUGAGCAUGUCUAUAAGCUUCCUGCAAGGCCAGUGGGAGUUGGGUACUAUGGGCCUAUCAGAGCUCACUUCCUGCUCUCUCUACCAAUCAGGAGCAGCAGGGAAAAGGACUUAGUUACCCUUGGCCUGGGUUGUGGACCUAAGGGCACCCUCAGGCUGAUGUGUAUUGAAAGGGCAUGAGGGCAGUCCAGGGUGAGGUGUGUCCAGAACUAGCUGUCCUGUCUCCAGUCUCUUCCCCUCCCCCUAAACCCUUGCAGUGGCUCAUCAGGGACCAAGGUCCAACCAUAGCACUCUGGCAGUCCCCAUGGAACCCAGAGACUGAACAUCUUCCUCCCUUCCCCCUGUUCUCCCGAUUCCUAAGGCCUGGCUUAGUUACCUAGGAGACAAGUCCACUUGCUUAAGUAAAGAUGGGGGUGUGUAUCAGGUCUGGGAGAACUAGGCUUCAGCUGGGCCUUGCUAGGCUAUAUCUCCAGUAGUCCCUGGUUCUGUUCUUAAUUGGCCCAGAUGCUGAGUGCUCUCUUCUCCCAGUUUCCAGUGUGUCAAAUGUUGAACCAUCCGUCUGUCUUUACUCCCCAAGUGGGUCUCCUGCUCCCUCAUGGGGACACUAGGCGGCACUGGGCCUCGCCCCAAGCCCCGCCUGCUGCCUUACCAACUCCCUCUGGCUCCCUGGGGCAGAUCUGUGCCCAGACUGGUGGGGCGGGGCCCAGGGCGCUCCAGUUCCUUCAGCCUUUUCUGCCCCUUUCAGUAGGGCCAGAAGGCUGCAGUGGAGAGGGUGUCUUACCUCACGCAGACUUCCCCAUUCCCAGCCCCGAUCCCCCACUGGACCCUUCUUCCUGAGCCAGCAUUCUGCCUGGUUUGAGCAGUCAUGGCCUCAGGAGUGAAUGAUCGAAGACAGGCUUCAAGGAAUGGGCAGAAGGGGAAGGUGCUAACUGUGGAUACUAUGAACCCAUGUGUGCGGAGGGUGGAGUAUGCAGUCCGAGGACCCAUAGUGCAGCGUGCCUUGGAGCUGGAGCAGGAGCUGCGCCAGGGUGUGAAGAAGCCUUUUACUGAGGUCAUCCGUGCCAAUAUUGGGGAUGCACAAGCCAUGGGGCAGAGACCCAUCACCUUCUUCCGCCAGGUCCUGGCCCUCUGUGUCUACCCCAAUCUUCUGAGCAGUCCUGACUUCCCAGAGGAUGCCAAGAGAAGGGCAGAACGCAUCUUGCAGGCAUGCGGUGGCCACAGCCUGGGUGCCUAUAGCAUUAGCUCUGGAAUCCAGCCUAUCCGGGAGGAUGUGGCGCAAUACAUUGAGAGGAGAGACGGAGGCAUCCCUGCAGACCCGAACAAUAUAUUUCUGUCCACAGGGGCCAGCGAUGCCAUCGUGACAAUGCUCAAGCUGCUGGUAGCUGGCGAGGGCCGUGCACGAACGGGUGUACUCAUUCCCAUUCCUCAGUACCCACUGUACUCGGCUGCGCUGGCUGAGCUGGACGCCGUGCAAGUGGACUACUACCUGGACGAAGAGCGCGCCUGGGCUCUGGACAUCGCAGAGCUGCGGCGCGCUCUGUGCCAGGCACGUGAUCGUUGCUGCCCUCGCGUACUGUGCGUCAUCAACCCGGGCAACCCCACCGGGCAGGUGCAGACUCGUGAGUGCAUCGAGGCCGUAAUCCGCUUUGCUUUCGAAGAGGGACUCUUCCUGAUGGCUGAUGAGGUAUACCAGGACAACGUCUAUGCCGAGGGCUCUCAGUUUCAUUCAUUCAAGAAGGUGCUCAUGGAGAUGGGGCCGCCGUAUGCCACGCAGCAGGAGCUUGCUUCUUUCCACUCAGUCUCAAAAGGCUAUAUGGGCGAGUGCGGGUUUCGUGGUGGCUAUGUGGAGGUGGUAAACAUGGAUGCUGAGGUGCAGAAACAGAUGGGGAAACUGAUGAGCGUGCGGCUGUGUCCACCAGUGCCGGGCCAGGCCUUGAUGGACAUGGUGGUCAGUCCACCAACACCCUCCGAGCCGUCCUUCAAGCAGUUUCAAGCAGAGAGGCAGGAGGUGCUGGCUGAACUGGCAGCCAAGGCUAAACUCACCGAGCAGGUCUUCAACGAGGCUCCCGGGAUCCGCUGCAACCCAGUGCAGGGCGCCAUGUACUCUUUCCCUCGAGUGCAGCUGCCCUUGAAAGCAGUGCAGCGUGCUCAGGAGCUGGGCCUGGCCCCUGACAUGUUCUUCUGCCUGUGCCUCCUGGAAGAGACUGGCAUCUGCGUUGUGCCUGGGAGUGGCUUUGGGCAGCAGGAGGGCACCUAUCACUUCCGGAUGACCAUUCUGCCUCCCAUGGAGAAACUGCGGCUGCUACUGGAAAAGCUGAGGCACUUCCAUGCUAAAUUCACUCAAGAGUACUCCUGAAGCCGCUGCUAGGGCUGCACGGACGGCCUCGGACUCAGCAAACUCGGGGUUCUCGGGAGCCCUCAGUAUUUCUCAUUUCACCUAGGGUCUGGGUACCUGUCUCUGCAGGUCCCUAAUAAAGCUGGGUGUCAGCCUUAUUUGAAGUGGCUGCCUGGGUGACCCCAGCUUUUGACU